AUGGAGUCGACCGAAUCUAAGGAUUAUUAUGCAAUUACAUAUUGUUAUCCAUCUCACAAUGUUUCCUGUGCAAAGGUGGUUCGAUCGAAACCAGAGUACAUGUCUAUGUAUAUUUUGUUCUCUUUAAUAUCGGUUUUUACUGUAUUUAUGAACCUAUUGGUGAUCAUCUCCAUUUGUCAUUUCAAGCAGCUUCACACCCCUACCAACCUACUCAUCCUCUCUCUUGCCAUAUCUGACUUCAUGGUUGGGUUGGUUGUGAUUCCUAUUGAGAGCAUUAAGCUCAUAGAGUCAUGCUGGUAUUUCGGGAAGACAUUUUGUUCCAUUUUCCAGGCUACUGUCUUCACUGUUAUUUUUGUGUCUCUCUACAAUUUGGUGUUAAUAGCCGUUGAUCGAUAUUACGCUGUGUGUGAGCCCUUGCGUUACUGCUCCAAAAUGACAACAACCAAAACCUUGUUAUUUAUCUUUUUGAUUUGGUCAUACUCUCUCAUAUACAACCUGACUCUACUGUACUUUAAUGCAAACCUGUAUCGUUCCCAAGAAGACAGCAUUUGUUAUGGAGAGUGUAUGUUGGUCGUAAGCUUCACCUGGGGUGUCGUUGACCUCAUUGUUUCAUUUGUUGGCCCAUGCUCUGUCAUAAUAGGAAUGUAUAUGCAUAUUUUAAAAGUAGCACAAAGACAAGAGAAAUCGAUAAACACAGUUGUUGGACGCUUCAAAACAUUAGCUGAUGAGCCUGCACUGACUAAGACCUCAGAAAGAAAGGCUACGAAAACACUGGGAAUCGUCCUGUUUGUUUUCACAAGCUGCUGGAUAACUCAUUAUGUCUGUGUUCUCUCUGAGGAAAGUAUAUCAAACCCUUCCCUGGUCAUUGCAUUUCUUGUUUGGAUCCUUUAUAUCAAUUCCUUUUUGAAUCCGAUUAUCUAUGCAUUUCGUUAUACAUGGUUCAGGGCCUCUGUUAAGCACAUCUUAACACUCAGAAUUCUCGAUCCUUUGUCUGUUUAUGAUAACAUAACUACACAAAAAUAA